AAUCCCCCCGGAACAGAAGGGGGCGCUUCCACGCCGGUUACGUGCCAGCAAAAAAAACAGGAAGUAGAACCCUCAAGCGGGAAAGACCGUUGGAAACUGUCCAUGCUUUACAGCAAGAGGUCAUGACCUAAUAUCUGUAGCUAAAGGACUAGGUCCAGGGAUGUGGAGUUGUAAGGGGUGUGCAGAAACUGUACCAAGUAGGUCCAAGCUUUUACAUCACUACAAGUUAAAGCAUCCACAUUUUGGACGUAGUUCUCGCUAUCCAUGUACAUACCAGCACUGUCCAUGCACAUUUAAGACUUGGAAUGCCCUUAUUGUCCACCAAAGUAAAAUCCACACCACAGGUGUUCCUCACAAAAAAGAAGCUAUAUUCAAUUGUCACAUUUGUAGCUGUACUGAUUUAGCAUCAGACAAGGAUUAUUUUUCUCAUAUAAAUGCACAUCUCAAACGAAAUGAGACAGUCACUUGUAUGUUUUUAGGUUGUGACUUUAAGACAAACAUUUAUUGUACUUUUAAAUCACACAAAAACCGAAAACACCGCCAUCACACAUUGGUUGAUUUUAAACCAGAAAUAGUUAUAACUACAAGGAUAUCAUCUGUGAAUGAACUGGAAGAAAAUAGUGAGGAGUGUGUUGAGCAGCCAGAUACUGCCAUUCCUUCAAACACUCAUUCUCAUACUGAAGACUUGCAGAUGGUCAUUGAGCAUAGAUUUGCAGCCACUUUGCUGAAGUUAGAACAUUUGGUCCAUGUGCUAACUUCAGCUGUAGAUGAAUUUCUCGGGGAACUCCAUCAUUUAAUCUGUUCUGCCCCUUUGCCAUUAUCUUGUGACACUGUGCGUGACAUCUUUCUUCAGAGAAACCUGUCUGUUGAUGAACUUGUAAUUAGAGAAACGGUUGAUGCAAUUUGUUCUGGCAAUCCAGUGCAAAGGUCCAUACAAAAAGGAGGAUCUCUAAGUACAGCCUAUCUGCGUAAGCAGUAUUACAAGGAUAACUUUGGGGUUAUAGAACCAGUUGAAUACAUUCUUGAUGCUAAAAACAAACGCAGUUACCAGUAUGUCCCAAUAUUGAAGUCCUUACAGCAGCUGUUAAAUAGAGAGGAUAUCAUUACAAAAGUGGUUGACAGUCAUCAAAGACAGGAAGGCACAUAUUCUGGUGUGACACAUCAGUACAGAUCCACAAGGGACGGCUCUCUAUUUAAGGAAAAUUGUUUCUUUGCUGGAAAAAAGCCAAGGAUUAUCCUAAAUUUUUAUGUUGAUGACUUUGAAACCUGUCAACCUGUGGAUACAGAUAUACUGUCCUCAAAUGAGUCUACAAGCUCACGGUCCUCCUGGCCAGAUGUGUUUCAUGUACCCAAGUUCUCCCAUGACGCAGAGGUCCCUGCGGAGUUCCUCUACAUCAAACGAAGGCGGAAGGGGAAUAUACGUAAAAUCUGGGGUCAGAGGAGCAGAAUUGCUGUCGUCCGCAUGAGCAGUGCGAUUCAGUGCGAGCAGUUGCAAAUGCGCUCCGUGCGCUACGUCAAUGGCGGAGGGGGAGGAGGGGAAAGAAGGAGACGGCGGCCCGGCGGAGAGAAGAAGAUCAUUCCCUCUGCCGGAUGCCUGCAUCGGCUGUGGUAA